AUGCUACGAAUCCUGCUUCCAUCCUCAGCCUUAUUUAAUAUCUCAUCCCUCUCCUUUCAGCCAUCACCGGCGCUCGUUGUUCAUCUUGGCUUUUGUCCAUGGGCCCUGUCCUCUCUCGGUCAGACUAUCUAACCUCCCUUCGUUUCCCGGUAUGGAUCACGACUCUCGACGGCAACUUCACAAUGAUCACCACCUAGCCUCCCAGUCGACAGUCCAGAUCAACUUCUCCUACCAAAGCCAACACCAGGAAGAGGAAGAUGACAUGCCAACGAGUAUCCUGGAACGGUCCGAAGAUCCCAAUCAUGUACCCCUGUGGCUUCUUCCUGGUCCGUGGCUGCAACACAAUGAUAUCGUCACUCCGUCAAUAAUUCCCGGCACUGAUGAACUCUCGGAAGAACUCGAACGGCUGUUUCAUCAUCAUCAACGCAACGUCAUCUAUGCUGGCGUCGAAACAGAGGAGCCACUAGACGAUCCAUUGGCGCAUCUUCCCACCUUCUCCUUUGAGCAGCCUCCGGAGCUUGAUCAAUCAAGUCAGCCCAGUCGCAGUUGUUCCCUGAUGACCCAAGUCCCUCAACGCGAUGCCGAAACUGAGGACUUGUUACCAUCACAGGGGUCGCGCGCCAUACCUCAUCGCCCGCGCAAGCGGUCCGAGUACGACAAGCCCACCAUGAGAGACUUUCGAAGGCAUUGUGGAGUGAUAGAUUUUGGCCAACACGUCAGGACCUCUGCAAUGUUGAAACACUCCAGGAAUCAAUCCGCCGUGUCAGUCCCGUGGACGUCAUCGUACGACUAUCAACAUCAACUCGAAGCAUUGGAGCGUCAGAACAAUGGAAGGCAACGAUUAAGGGGAUGAGUGGAUGCGCAGAUAACAGGGGCAGACCAAAUCCAUUCAUUACUACCACGAUCCAUUUGAAAUCUGGAGUGGGAUUCCUGUC